GCAAAGAAUCUCUUCCAAAGGUUUCAGUACGAGUUUCGGUUACUUGCAAGUUAAAACUUGUGCAUAUUCUUAGCACAGGGGGACAUUGAUUAAUCUAUCUAUAUCCCUUCUACUCAUUGGCACAAGACAUUAGAAGAUGGACCAAAGAGAACUUAAUCUGGGCAUCUGCUAUAGGCUCUAUAAUUUCAUCAUGAAAACUUUGGCUUCGCAAGCGAUGAAGACGGUAACUUUAGGGAGAUCUUCACAUUACAGUUCAAGCUCAACUGAGGUCGAGAUUACACAAAGAGGGUUUGGAACUAAUACAGAAAAAAUGGUGCUGGCAGAGACACCAUGUGAAGAGAAGAAUAUUCCAUGCAGGAACAAUAACAUUGAUGAGAAAGUGUUGAUGGUGGGAGAUUUACCUCAUGCUCCAAAGAAAAUGGUUAGCAUCAAUGACAACGUGGAGGAGAUCAUUUUACCAAGUAAGAAAAGGAGCAAGACCUUCCAAGAGUCUAACUCUCUGGAUCAGCAAGAGCAUCCGAAGCCUCUGCGAUCAAUUCUGAAAGUUGGUGCUAAGCUCAAUUACAAAACAAACUGAUUAACUGAAUAUGUUAAUUAAUUUCUUUUGAAAAUGUUGAUGUUAUCAAACUAGUUUUUCUUUUAUUGUUUGUAUACAUGUACAUAUACCUCUCGUUGUAUUUUUUAAGUAUACUUAAAUGAGUGUACUAAUUGCUUUGCAAGCUAGUAGUUUUAUUGUUCUACCUAACCUAACAAACUUCUCUUCCUCCCCUUGCAACUAGAUAGGCAUGCAAUGUUCUGAACUUGGUAUCAUCUCACUUCCUCAGCAUCUCUACAUGGAGGAUUUUUAGCUUCCA